AUAAUAAUUAUUUUUUUACUAUUAGGUUUUUAAUUGACUUAAGUAUGUUGUUGUAAGUGAGGUUUUAAUAUUACAGUGGAACAUUAGUUAGAUAGAAAUUGGAAGAAUCUAUUAGUUAUUAUUAUUAAUGGUAAGUUAGAAAUAAUUUGUUGGAUAUAUUUGUUGUUCUAGUUAAAAACUUAUUAUAUUUUAGUAGUAAAUUAGUAAUUGUUGAUAGUUUGAUUAAUAAUUUAUUACGGAUGUUGAUGUGUGAUCACUCUGUCCCUCCGGAUCGGUACGAUGAUAGGGUGGAUGAGCAUUUACGAUUUACUGAUUUUUAUCAUGCAUCUAAGAUUGGAAUAGCCCAAUGUCAGAAAGCACUUGUAAAUACUCUAGUCGAAAAGUGGCAUCCAGACACACAUACCUUUCACCUUUCGAUUGGUGAAUGUGCUGUGACACUCGAAGAUGUGGCUAUGAUUCUUGGUCUUCCGACGGACGGUCCUUUAGUCACAAGGAUGACUAUGAGUAGUUUUGAAGUCUUAGAGGCGGAGUGUUUGCACCAAUUUGGGGUUGCACCGAGAAAUUCAGACUGUAGAGGAAACGGUAUAAAACUGACUUGGCUAUGGGAUCUAAAAGAACAGUUACAGUUGACUGAUGAAAACAGUAUACAGAGGUACGUGAAGUGCCACAUUAUGUUGUUGAUCGGUACGAUAUUGUCUGGAGAGAAGUCUGGGGCAUCUGUGCACUGGAAGUUUCUGCCUUUACUUCGUGAUUUUGGCAGUAUCGGACAGUACAGUUGGAGAUCGGCUUGCCACGCACAUCUAUACAGGGCGUUAUGCAGGGUAUCUCAUUUUGACUGUAAGGAGAUCGACGAUCCACUAACACUGCUGCUCAUUUGGGUUUGGAUCCGCCUGCCAAAUCUAGCGCCGGUUUCUAGGGAACCCCAUAGUUUUCCGCUUGCAAACAGGUGGCAUAACUCGGAGCGUGGAGACCGACACUUAGAUAUCUUACACUUGCUCACUUUAAGAAGGCCUUAGAUGAUCUUCAGGAAGGCCAGUUUGUGCGGGUUGCUUAUGCUGUGGAUCGCGUGGAUCCAGACAUAAUUCUUAUAGACAUCUAUAUGCACUCGGUUGUGUGGAGUGCUACGGUGCCGUUGGUAUCUUUUGAAUGCAUUGAGUGGCAUGCAACCGAUCGGUAUAGGCGACAGUUUGGUUUUGUGCAGGGAGUUCCUCAUCAGGAACGGAAUCUAGACAAGGCACACAGAGAAGUCCUGACUGGUCCUACAAAUCUUAAUUGGGCCACAGCCACGAGUCAUUCAUUUUGGGUGAUGCAGUAGACAAACAGGUAUAAUCACGUUCUGACUGAGCUUGAUGGUCCACAGCAUCCCUUAGAUAUUUACAUGCACUGGUACCGUACAAAAUAUGAAAACUAUUUGAACUUGUCAGAUCUUGUGGUUCAAGAGAAUGACGAGGGUGAUCUGGUUAUGGAUGAUGUGGUUCAAGAGAAUGAAGAGACUGAGGAGCAGGAGCCACAGUCAUCGCCACCUCCACCUCCGCCUCCACCUCCACCUCCACAAGAACAACCUCAUUGGUCAAGCCAAUAUGUACCACAAACACAAUUUACCUCAUCAUACCCGAUACAUCAGCAGCAUUGGAGUGUGCCACAGUUUGACUCAGGAGAUGGUGGUUCUUUUAGCCAGUUGCUUGGGUUCAUGGCUCAUUAAACUUGUAAAAUGUUACUUUGACAAGCGCAGUGAUGGGGAGAUUGCGUGCACCCUUCAUGACCGAGUUGAUGCAUUCUACUAAAUUCGUCGUCAUGUGACCCCAUCGGUAGCCACCAUCAAAUGCCAACGCAUACUGUUCGCGGGGGAUUCGGUCUAACCAGUUAGUGUAAGCCUCGCCCCGUUCUCCUAGCCGCUGGUAACGCACUUCGUACUCUCACACCGUCCUCGAAUAUCCUGCAUAAUAACAAAAAACAAUAAAAAAAAAUGGGGUUAACAAACACUUAUUAAAGGUAUCUCUGUUGAUAACAAACUUCGAGUUACUCAAUGUUACCUAUAUUGAUGACAAGUUUUUGCAGGUACGGUGCCUUGAAUUUUCUCAAGAAAUUUGACUUUAUAUGCCUGAUGCAAAACAUGUGGAAAGCUCUAGGAGGUGACGAAGCUCCGUUACUGCGAGCCACAGCUGCAUUGAUGGAUUCGUGUCGGUCGGAUAUCAGUCCCACACCAUCCCGAGUCACAACAUGUUGUCGCAGGUUACUAAGAAAAAAGUGCCACGCAUCAGAAGUCUCUCCCUCCACAAUAGCAAAUGCAAUUGGGACGAUAUUGUUGUUACCAUCUUGUGAAACUGCCACUAACAAACAAUGUAACGACCUAAUUUCUGGUACGUCAUGAUCAUACUAGAAACUGAGCGCUACCAACUUGUCUCCCUAAUUAUUAUCUAUUAUUUAUUAUAUG